CUUGGAUCCAAAAACAAAGACUGAAAAUAGCAAUUUUUCCAUCUAACACUUUGAAAGCUUCGGGGGUGUUUGACCAACACACUCUUCACCAGUCCUAACCAACAGCGAUUCAUCAGUCUCUAAAAGAGAAGAGAAGAGAAGAAGAGAAAGAACAAUGCCUGUAUCGACCCGAUCCAAGGCGACGAUGAUGAAACACGAGCAGAGCAGGGAAGCAUACACGAAUCCACAUCAAGGUCUCAAGGAAAAGAUGAAAGCUUUGACUCUCUUGUACGAGCAGCAAAAGCGAGCCUCUUUCUCUCUCCGAAACCCUAAUCCUCAUCCUCAUCAUUCCCCAAAACCCCAAGAUCUGAGGUUUAAGCCUCCUCCUCCUCCUCCUCCUCCUCCUCACGAGCUGCUCGAUUAUCGCAAGAAACCUCAUAAAGAUCCAAACUUUGCCGACGACGACGACCACGAUGAAGAAUCCAAAGAGAACAAUGUAGCCGACGCGGAUCGGGUUUUCGGUCUCAUCAACACGGCCCCGGUUAAGUCUUCUACCACUGUCAUUAGAAAGCUCUCGAUGGGUCACGGAGCUGAGAAAGGUGAGAGCUUUGAGGCUUGUGGUGGUGGGAGUAGUAGUAGGAUCAUGGUGUUCGUUAGGCUUAGACCAAUGGGGAAGAAGGAAAGAGAGAACGGGUCACGGUGCUGUGUCAAGGUUCUGAACAGAAGAGAUGUUUAUCUAACGGAGUUCACCAACGAUAACGACUACUUAAGGCUCAAGAGGCUCCGUGUUCGUCAUUUCACUUUUGAUUCUUCUUUCCCUGAGACCACAACGCAACGCGAAGUCUAUUCCACCACAACAGGAGAUCUGUUGGAAGCAGUGGUUGAAGGAAGGAACGGUUCUGUUUUCUGCUACGGUGCUACGGGAGCAGGCAAGACUUAUACGAUGCUGGGGACGGUGGAGAAUCCAGGUGUGAUGGUUUUAGCGAUCAAAGAUUUGUUUGCUAAGGUUAGAGAGAGGAGUUUAGAUGGGAACCAUACUGUUCAUCUCUCUUAUCUUGAAGUCUAUAAUGAAACCGUUAGAGACUUGCUUUCACCUGGUAGACCACUCAUCCUCCGUGAAGAUAAACAGGGAAUCAUGGCAGCUGGUCUCACUCAAUAUAGAGCUUAUUCCACGGAUGAGGUUAUGGUUUUGCUCCAAAGGGGUAACCAGAACAGAACUACUGAGCCUACUCGUUGCAAUGAAACAUCUUCACGCUCACACGCCAUCCUUCAGGUUGUAGUGGAGUACAAGACUAGAGAUGCUUCCAUGAAUAUCGUCAGCAGAGUUGGGAAGCUGUCUCUCAUUGAUCUCGCAGGAUCAGAAAGAGCCAUAGCUACUGAUCAGAGGACGCUUAGAUCUCUUGAAGGAGCCAACAUAAACAGAUCGCUUCUUGCGUUGAGUAGCUGCAUCAACGCGCUUGUGGAAGGCAAGAAACAUAUCCCUUACAGAAACUCUAAGCUGACGCAGCUGCUCAAAGACUCGCUAGGCGGCUCGUGUAACACGGUGAUGAUCGCUAAUAUAAGUCCAAGCAAUCAUUCUUUUGGUGAAACGCAGAACACUCUCCAUUGGGCAGACCGAGCCAAGGAGAUUCGAGUGAAGGGAAGUGAAGUAAAUGAAGAGGUGGUGGUUCAAGUGAGUGAACAAGUAGAGGGGCCUGAUCAGGCCAAGAUGGUGUUGGAGCUUCAGGAAGAGAACCGUGAGCUGCGUGUAAAGCUCGCGGAGCAGCAGCAGAAGCUUUUGACUCUUGAAGCAGAGACCUUAGCAGCUGCUAACAACAACAUAUCUCCAACACCUCCAUCAAUCUCAUCUCUAAUGACUCCACCAUCAGCUUUAACAGGGCAACAGAAGAAGAAACCGAGGCACUCGUUGUUAUCAGGAACAUGUUUCACACCAGAGUCAUCCAAAAGGAGAAAAGCGGAAGAUGCAGUGAAGGAGCUUCAGCUGACUGUCAAGGCGUUGAAGAUGGAGAUGGAGAGACUGAAGAGGGAACAUGUGGUGCAGACGAAGAAGCAAAAGGAAGAGCUAAUGAAAGAACUGUGUAGUAAAAAGAGCGAGAAAACUCCAGAAAGAGGCAAAGAGACAACAACAAGGAGGGUUGUGACGAGAGGGAGCUUGAGACCGAAGGAGAAAGAGAAGGAGCUGAUAAAAAGCCCUAGUCAUCGGUUUGCAUCUCCAGCUGCAGCAGCUAAAAAGAGAAGCUUCUGGGACAUAACCGCAGCAAACAGUCCUUCGUUGGAUAGAAGGAAAACGAGAAGCCAUGUUCGUCCUCCUGUUAAUCAAGAAGCUCCUUCAAUGCUGCUUCAGCCGGGGUUUGCACGUCCAAGGACAACAACAACAACACACAUGAAGCGUUAACACCCGAGUUUAAAGAGUGUUUUUUGUUUUCUUGUCUGUUUCAUCCACUGUUUGCCUAGCAUCUGUAUUCAAUAGGAGCAUGAUGACAAAAACACAAUAAGUUGUUUUUCUUGCUAAUUUUAUUUAUACAAUUCUUUUCAUCA